AUGGCUGAUGAACCGCUCGUUGCAGAUCCGGCUCUUGAUGCCGCUCUCGACAACAGCGAUAGCGACUAUGAUCCUAAUGACUGGCAGUCCAUUCCCUCCGACGACGAGAUGUUUGACAGCUACGAAGCUGGGCAUCUUCUGGCCCUUGUCAUGGACUCUGACGAUCGGGAAAACCCUUUCUUCCGGUCACCCAUUGGCAGUUCGCCGCAGCGGAUUCUUGACAUUGGCACGGGCAAAGGCACCUGGGCCAUCGAUGUUGCCGAUAUGUUCCCUAGUGCCAUUGUUCGUGGGGUUGAUCUUUUUCCACCCCCGGCCUCGUGGAUGCCUCCAAACUGUAUUUUGGAGGUUGACGACGUGCUACAAGAAUGGACGUGGCAUGAGCAAUUUGAUCUGAUCCACAUGCGCAUCAUGAUCAGUUCUUUUGAACCCCAGGAAUGGGACCGUGUAUACAAGCAAUGCUAUGACAAUUUGCGUCCAGGUGGCUGGAUCGAACAGCUAGAGGCCAGUCCGGUCAUUAAUUGCGACGACGGCAGUCUGCCCCUUGAUAAUGUUCUCAAUGAAUGGGGCCCUUCGAUGAUGGGCUGUGGUGAACGCUGUGGCCGGCCCUGCGAUAUCCUUGAUACGAUGCCAGCACGCAUCCGUAACGCAGGCUUCGUCGAUGUGCAUGAAAAGGUUUACAAAUGGCCUAUUGGGCCGUGGGCUAAAAACCGGCAGUACAAGGAAGCCGGCGCCAUCAACCUAGAGCAUUGGAUGAGGGGCUUAGAGGGCUGGUGUAUGUGGUUGCUCACCAAGUUUGGAGCACCGGAACCAUGGAGCUUGGAGAAGGUCCAAGCUUUUGUCGCCCAGAUCCGCAAUGAGCUCAAAAACCCCCGCUUCCAUAUCUAUCAAAAUGCGUCAGUGCCCCAGAUCCCACCCUGA